CCAUCCUGAAGGGACUCAGCACUGCUGGCUGGCACAGGCAUCCCGACUUGAACAAAACUAGACCGAGGACCCCUCUGCUUUCUCCUCUUAGCCAUGAGAUACUACCUACAUGCAUCUAGAUCCCAGACCUCAGCGCCUCGGGACGCCUCUUCCAAAAUACAAACCUACACUCACCCACUUACACAAUCCAUUCACUAUCAUCACAAAACCAAACAGAGCUUAACGUCCAAUAUUUCAUCAGCAGGCAGAAAAAGGGCUGUAUUGUAUCGAUCUCACCCAAGCCAGCAAGGUUCGCAGCAGAGACAAAACCACCCCACGAUCAAAAAGGAAUCGUAUGGAGUCUCGCGCCCUCGCCACCUUCCCAGCUUCGACUACUAUCCACACACACCUUCCCUUUUCCCCAGUUACCAGGCCAGGCCGUCUACUCCUCAAGCCAGGUUCCCAGAAUCCUGCCUUCCAAAGCUACACAACUCAAAAAUCAAAAUAGAACUCCAAAUUUCACUCAUCCCAAUCCCCCAUAUCGACACAUUUGCGCGUCAACAUAACAAGAUGACGCCAAAAAGAAGACACCGUGAUAUCCCCCCUUCCCUCCAUCUACCACUGGCUACAUCCGAGAUACGAAAAAGCCAAGAGGUAAGACAGCAAAAAGGGGAUAGACCGCAAAAUGUCGACUACAUACAAGAAGUGAGAAAGAAACAAAGAGCUUCCUCAACUCGAAGACGCGAAAUCAUCAGGGAAGAAAAAGUCGAGCCAGAAAUUCCAGUCGCAAAGGAAUCACCUGACACCCAUCUCCCUCAUAUCCCUCCCCAUUUCUUUUGUUCUGUUUCCACACCAUUGAUCGUCUUUUCCGAGUCCAUAAUCCCUCGCUCAAGUCCCUCCCGUAGACUACUAACGCCUAGAUAAUCCUCUGCUCUUUACCUCUGUGAUGAACGUUGUUGGCAUUGAGACAGGGAGAUCAGGUGGCGCGCCCGCCUACUCGAGACCUAUCGUGAAGAUCAAAACAAAGUCGUACUGCGCGGUCGAUGCUGAUUUCGUAAAAGAAAAAGAAGGUCAUUUCAUGUCGUUA